GUCUUUUUUGUUCUUUUGCGACAACCAGAGACCACGCCGAAUCUAUUGACUGGAGCCUGCAGGAGAACAGCAAGCAGCGAGUAUAUCUAUCAGGCACAUAUCCAAGGCAGUGACACUUCCUAUAAGCAAAGGGCCCCUCUUCCUUACUCGUGCUCAGUGAUGGACAAGACGAAAAAGUCAGCCAUCGCCAAGGCGAAAUCGGCCGUUCAAAGUGCCAAGAAGCGUAAGAAGCACGAUUCCCUGGCAAAAAUAUCAACGGGGAGUACGCAAAGUUCAACGACAGCGGCGUCAUCACCAGCAAGCAGUAUUUUGCAUCAUCCAACGUAUAACGCUGCUGCUCCUGCUCCGAAAUGGGCACCGAGUCGGUCUGCCACGCAAACGGAAGACGAAGGCCAUUCUGAGGAGAGUGCAGGUGAGGAAGAGGAAGACUUUGAGGAUUAUUGCCCUGGCGGCUAUCAUCCCGUGAAGCUCGGCGAGGCAUUCAAAGAAGGUCGCUACAUCACCACUCGAAAACUAGGUUGGGGCCAUUUCAGUACAGUAUGGCUCGCGAAGGAUACUCAGGAAAACCGGCAUGUUGCACUCAAAGUGGUUCGUUCAGCAACGCACUACACGGAAACAGCGGUGGAUGAGAUUAAACUCUGUCAACGCAUCACGCGCGCCAAUCCCGAUCAUCCUGGCCAUGCGCAUGUGGUGAAUCUAUUGGAUCAAUUCGAACAUACCGGCCCUAAUGGACGGCAUGUAUGCAUGGUGUUUGAAGUGCUUGGUGAGAAUUUGCUUGGCUUGAUUAAGCGGUAUGAACACCGUGGCAUCCCUACACCGGUCGUGAAACAGAUUACAUGGCAGAUUCUAUUGGCACUGGAUUACCUCCAUCGCGAAUGUGGCAUCAUCCAUACAGACCUCAAGCCAGAGAAUGUCUUGAUUGCCAUUGACGAUGUUGAAGCUGUUGCUACGCUCGCUGCCACACAAACAGCAGAAGAAAUGGCACGGACGCCCGGUGGCAAUGCUAGAAGGCGACCACGCUAUUCUCGCAUCAUUACAGGCUCACAACCCCUCCCUUCGCCAGCUGCGAAUACGCUGCGAACGUCAUUUUUGGAUUUACCGGUACGGAGUGAUCUGGAGGGUGAGUCACGCGCUGGUAGUACCAUGGCACAGGAGCGUCAACGUCUUGAUCCAGAAGGCGAUACGAGCAUGUCCCAUGCACGCGCAACCUUGACCAAACAACGUACGGCAGAUGUCAUUACGGAUCACGUCAGUAACAUCUCUCUCACGCGCGAGUCGAAUCGUGCUGCAGUCGGCGGUGUGGAUCUCUCCAAGAUAACCGUCAAGAUUGCAGAUUUAGGGAAUGCAUGCUGGACGCAUCAUCAUUUUACGAAUGAUAUCCAAACACGGCAGUAUCGUGCGCCUGAAGUGAUUUUGGGUGCGAAAUGGGGUGCGUCUGCGGAUCUGUGGUCCAUGGCGUGUAUGGUCUUUGAAUUACUGACGGGAGAUUACCUCUUUGACCCAAAAGCCGGCAAGUCGUAUGAUAAGGAUGACGACCAUGUUGCACAGAUGGAGGAACUCCUUGGUCGUUUCCCAAAGCAUAUCGCGCAUUCCGGUAAAUUCUCAGGUGACUUAUUCAACAAGAAGGGUCAGCUUCGCAAGAUUGAAAAGCUCAAUUUGUGGCCAUUGCAAGAGGUCUUGCGGGAUAAGUAUCACUUGUCUGAGGAGGAGGCACGACAGCUUGCUGACUUUUUAACACCAAUGCUCAACAUUCACCCGCAUGAGCGCGCAACUGCACGGAAACAGUUGGAUAACCCAUGGGUGGCUGAUUUAGAAUCUGUCCAGCUAGAUGGCUACGUGGAGCAAGAUAAAGUCUCUGGCUGGAGUCAUGAAGCGAAAGGCGAUGCAGCCACGAAACGAUGA